CUCGGGAAAGGCCGUAAAUAAUUUCGUUCCGUCGAUGGUGAUGUAAAAUGUCAGAAAGCUAGUAUGAUUUACGUACCGAAAAACAGUGAUUUACUGUUGAAAAGUUUAAUGUACUGUUCGCAAACAUGGACGAAUUUGUCGAAAGCAUCCUGAGGAAGUGGAAUCUAAUGGAUUUGGUGGAUCGCUUUCGAGACGAGGAAGUCAAUGAGGAAGCAUUUCUAUUCCUUACACCGGAAAUUAUAAAAGAACUUAUUCCAAAGUUGGGAAGGCGAGCCAUCUUUACCGCUAGAUUUAAUGAAUUCAAGCAAACUCUGCAAGGUAACGAAGUACAGGCUGGUUCGAGUGCACGUUCUAGUGCUUCGCCAACGCCGGCCGAAUCCAACGCACUUCAACCGACGGUGCGAUAUUCCCCAUCCGUUACCGAAGAAGCAGCUCGUACAUCGUCAGCAGAUAAUGCGAAGCAAUUUGAGAAAUAUUUUCUUGAACAGUUAUCGCCACACCCCUCAGUACCUUCUGGGAGUGACCCUAUUGCGACUACCACAGAACCAUCCACCUCAGAAGCGGAAUAUGAUCCCUCGGCUAAGCGCAUUAAGCUAGAAUCACUAGAAGUCGAAGACUACGGUGACCCCAUUCUAUUGGAGGACAGUUCCCAGGAUUCAGAGUCGCUGAUGGUGGAAAGUAACUACAGCAUGAAUAUAAAGAUGAAAGAUCCGCAGGUCCCCGGGGUUGAGAAGCUCCGUCUACUGCUGCAACAAUCACCCUUUGCGCGUUACCUUCUCGGGCUCAGCGAGCUGGACAAAUUCAAUCGGAUUGACCUCACCAACGUCGUGGUGCACUACAUUUAUUUCAAUAGGCAGAAUGACCGUUCUCGAAGUGACACGUUUAACUACUGGGCUGACGCCAUCGUGGCCCUAUUUCCAAAUGAGGUCAAAGAUAAUUACUACUCCGCCAAGGAAGGCUACACGGGCAGACUGCAGGCACGAUACUCGUAUAUGAUGCGAGUGAGAAAGAAUGAAACUUCUCGGCAAGCAAAUCACCCGGAAGAAGGACCAUCUCAAUCGAGCAGUAACCCAAACGAGGACAGCUAUCCAUCCGAAAAGGGACCGAGUUUCCUGCAUCCGGCAGAGUUGCAGAUUGUAGAAGAACUCAGACGAAUAGUGUCAUCGUGUUUCGUUAUGCGUGACACGUUGCACUCAAAGACGCUGACCCCCAACCAGAGGAACAUACUGACGGCCAACAUCGUCAACUAUCUGAUGGACAAAAAUGGAGGACCCAUCCCCCUGCAGGAGUUGGAGCUGUACGCUAAAGCGAUCGAGCAGAUCUUUCCCAACGAAAAUGCUUCGAUUUACUUCCGUCGAAAGGGUGAAUGCGCUCGUGUUAAUGGGAAACUGUUCGACCGGUACGGGUAUAUGAAGCGGAAGCGCAGUUUGGCCCAAGGGAAAUCUUACAACGAUUUUCUGGAUAGUAACACCCCCAUUGGGAAGUUGUGGGAAAUUAAAACGGUAGAUGAGGCACGAGCUCUGUGGAACGAAACCUACAAAGCGCGGAAGGAGGUCUCGAAGAAGGUGGUACCGGCCAAGCUGUUCGAGCAGUUUCCGUUCCUGGCGCAGCCCGAUGGGUACACUUUGUUUUUGGAUGACUUUGAUCAAGACCAUCCGCAUGCCAUCGAUACGUUCAAGCGACAUUGGCCAGAGUUUGCCACCUCAAUCUACCGGUACAUAGAAGAAAAUAAUUUCCUGAAGGGUGUUAACGAGUUCGAGACGGAAGGAUCAUCUAAACCGGCAGACAACUACACUAUAGUGGAAAUCAUCGAAGGUGCUGAAGCCAAUUUGUACACGUUGCCCUCCAAAUGGGUGCACAAAAACGGAUGGAACCGUGACGGGCCGGAUGUCUUACGGAAAAGCGCUGGAGGAACAGAUCUCUGCUACUGGCCCAGCAAUGCUGCUGGCUAUCGUUUGCUAGAGCGCGCGAAAGAAGAUCCUAGCAUAUCGGUUGUUCGAGACUGCUCGAAUGCCUGUCGAUGCAAAAUCAUGAAAGCUAACUUGAGAACGUUCGAAGAGGCAUAUCUUGAACAACAAAUGAUGGAGAUGAACAACGCACUAGAGAAGCACGAUCUUCAUCGAGAGUUACAAAACGGAUCCGACGUGCCCGAUAAGCUCAAAAUUCCCGAUAGAAAAGAUAUGAAAGAACCGGAUGUAUUACAAGCAGUGAAUCUAGUCUCUCGAACAGCAAAUGCCAGUGUUCAAAUAUCGCUUGCAUCGACAGCACUCCAGUCGACGGUUGAUGCACUCCAAGCUAAAGUUAAUCGAAUCUCAGGGGAAUUUGAAGCUUUCAGAGCGCUCGUUAGAGCUGAAUUUGCUACGUUACACCAAGCUAGGGCACCCUCAGCGCCUGAACACCAAGUUCCAAAUCACACUCCAGCAGUGUCUACGCCUAUGCCUCCCGUACCAGUGGCUGCUGCUCCAAUAAUUACCAAUAUUCAAACUUCUCCGAUUCCGGUCGUACCAGUGCAUCCUGUCAAUAGAACCAUAGCACAGGGCAAUCAGCCAGCUGACCCUCCGUUAGUACCCGUCAAGAAUCUCGAAGAUCUAGAAGCAUUACAAGAGCGAGCCCGAGAUGAACGAUUUGUAGAGUCCGUUGUACACUCGUUGGGCAUAGUACAUGGCCAGGGUCGAUCCGUUGGUAAUGGAUGGACCGUAAGCCUUCAAACCGUGGACUACUUUUUCGACAGGCGAUUCUUGCUUCGGUGUUCGUGGACCGGUAGUGGUCGUAACAAAGAAAAGGCUGGUGAGAGGAUUAGCAAAAUAGCAUUCCACAAGUACGACAAGGUGAUAAACUUGUUCUAUCGGGUUAUUGUCUACUCCGACCCAUUGUUCACGUACAACGAUUGCAUGAAAUUUCUCCAUCGCUGCAUACGGAACGCAAAGGCUCGGGCAGCGGAUGUGAAAGGAAUGCGCUUGUCGGUGGCGCGAAAUCGCAAAAAGCGAAGCGAUCGCAUCGGAAACUUCAGCCAAAUGCUUCCUAUGGAUACGAGCCAUUUGGAACAGCCGGAAGAGUAUUACUAUCAAGUCGAACCGUUGGUCAAAGACGAAUACGUGGAUGAAAAUGUUAAUCAGUACGAUGUACUGUAGAUAGCUAUCAAACAAAUAUUCUGACGUCCUGUCUCAUCCUCUUGCCACUGCUGUUCAAACUAAUGGUACGAAACGAAAAGCAUUGGAGCCCCACCCGUUUGGACGUGUGUCGCAAUUUUGUCCUAUACGCAACCGAUUUCAAGCAAGCCGUCCACCAGCUCAAACAACGCCAAGAGCUUCUGAAUCUCUGGAAGCUACGCAUCAAUCCGGUAGUGGUUGCCAUCGGGCCCUCGAUUGCCGAUAUCGAAAGCAGCUACAUAGUCAUCGAACAUGUAUUCUAUCGGAUGGAAACGGUACCGGAUGCCGUGGAAACUUGUGUAAAAAUUCAUACCGCUAUGAACUUGCAAUACCUGGACGAAGUGGCGUCCCCGUGGAUGUUGGUGCAACGGUUUGUGAUGAAGGUGGAACUGCCCAAGGAUAACAUCACAACCAAGGUGUUUGCGGUGUUGGAGAUUUUGGGUCGACCGAUGCGGUGAGGGAGGGAUGGGACACCAGGGUAGUAAUAAAGACGAUAUUUUAAAUACUUCAAUUUUCAGAUUGGCAUUUUAGUGAAGGCCAAAGUUUGAAGACUGUAAUGUAAUCUAUCAGUAUCGCAGAUUUUAUUGAUUGACAAGUAUAUGUUAGAACUGUUAUAAAUUAUUUGAGCAGAAAUAGAAACGACGACAUGUUAAUAUAAUUUAUGUUUAACAAACUA